ACCAGGAGCUGAAACGUUUUGCUUUAAUCUGUCUUUAACAAGCCUUCACUUCAUACCAGUUAAUAGUCAUUUCACUCUAUGAAGCUUAAUCCAGUCAUAACUUCGACUAUAGUUCCUCAGUGAUGUCCAAACACUAGCAGAAUGAAGCAGAGAAGUAAACCACUAAAUCCUCGCCCACUGAUCAUCAACACGAAACUAAUCUGCUUUAGAGUAAUAACGGGAGAGGUCUGCUGAAGCAGAUGGUCAUUUGAUUAAGUUUGUAGCGAUGGAUAAAGGCUCAUCCUGCCUUGUGUACAGCAUGGCUUGGGGUGAACUUGUUCUCUUUCUCGCCCACACACACGACCGAGAAGCAAUGAAGACAUCUGUAGUCUAGGCAUUAUAUACUGCAAAAUACAUGCACAGCAAGACCUCAAGCUCAAGGCAACUGUUAUUUGUUUUCUUCUUCUUUUGCCGGUCGGGUCUGGUGGUGGAUGCAGAAGUGACUCAUUCUGUUCUGUCAGAAUUGGAAAGCAUUUGGAAGACACACACAUGCAUGUAGAGUACAUGAACACAACGGGGUGGGACUGAGCGAAGCGAGCGCGAGAUAACAACAAGCGCGAGACACUGCACGAGCUCAUUUCCACAAGCUCAGCUAACUUAGGAAUCACUUUCGUUCACUUUUUAGGUCACGUGAUUGCGAUUUUACGUGCGUUGUGCACUUAAUAUAUAUUUAGUUAUUUAUUCUUAACUUUUUUAUUAUUAUUAUUAUUAUUUUUUUUACCGUGAACGAAAACUUCCACGAUGCAGAAAUGUGUUUGUGCUUUUCCUCAGCAUCAGACAUCCGACUGAUUUCUAACUCCACAACAGGGAUUCAGUGUGAUGUUGAACUAAAAGUGGAACACACAGCUCUCUCUCUCUCUAUCUAUCUAUACUUCUUUUUCCCCCACCAAACUGCUACAGGAGUUUAGAAGAUGUGUGAGAAGCUGUUUGUGAUUGCAUUGCUGCUGCUGGUGUGUGUGUGGCUCCUGUGCGCUCAGUCAGUGUCCAGCAGCAACCGAAGCUCUAGGGGACAUCCAGGUGGAGUAAAACCUGGUGCGUGUGAGGUGGUGGCCGCCCAUCGCUGUUGCAAUAAGAAUAAGAUCGAGGAAAGAUCUCAGACAGUCAAAUGCUCAUGCCUCACUGGACAGGUGGCAGGAACAACCCACGCACGGCCCUCAUGUGUGGACGCUUCUAUCGUGCAUCUGAAGUGGUGGUGUCAGAUGGAGCCGUGUUUGGAUGGUGAGGAAUGUAAAGUUCUUCCUGACCUCACUGGCUGGUCCUGCAGCUCUGGGAACAAAGUCAAAACCACCAAAGUGAGCAGACCACCGAGACUCGCAGAGUAGAAUUAAUUUCCAUCAUCUUGUUUGUCUGACCUUUUCAGAAGUAAUAUGCUGAUCUCCAGCAGUAAUGUACAACAAUGUCUGGUGUCCUAGAAAUCGAGCCUAGACUACGGCUGCUAUGAUUGCUGGAUUCCUGCUCUUAGCCAGCCUGUAAAUGUUAAUGGCUGCAGGAGUAGAGAUGGAUAUUAUGCCCAUGGCUGCUGGGAUUCCACAUAAAUGCAGUUAUUGGUACUACAUUUGCAAUAAACCUCUGACUCUUUCUUGCCCUCUCUUCUAUAUUGCACAGGUCACACAAUAGCGUGAUACUGACUGCAUACGCUUUGACAUUACACUUUAUGGAAACUGAAGAAACUCGCAAUUAUGUGUUACCGCAAUCAUCUACAGCUACAAAAGUUGAGAAUACACAGAUGCACACAAAUGUGAGAUUGUGUGAAGAGUAUAUACAUACAGUGGUGCUUGAAAGUUUGCAAACCCCUUUUUUAAAAAUAUAUAUCUGCAUAAAUAUGACCUUAAACGUCAUCAGUUUUUCACAGUUAAAAGUAGACAAAGAGA